GGUUGAACAGCCUGCAUAUUGUGGACCGGGGGUCACAACGACAGCACGGCGAGGUGCGUCGCCUAUCGGAACGAGUAGAGCGCUUUGACUUGUCUCUGCUCGGUGCCGCCUCGAUACACGGCGUUGGUCUUCGCCACGGAAUCGUCGGUGACUUGCAAACACCGAAAGACGCUACUUGUCUCGCAGCACGAGGUCGCCUUUUCUUUGUUCAAGGUUCAGUCUGGCCAGCUUAGAGAAGCAGUCAUCUAAGCUUCGGGCAUCAAGGUGAGUGUUGAUGCGUUUGUGCAGGUCGAAUAAAUGCGGUUUCUGGGUCGCUCGCAAGCCUUCAAGGCGACCAACCAUGCGAUCCACAUCAAUAGCGGUACAGUGGCUACGUGUGAGACCACUCGAUCUUGCCCGCGUCUCGGCUUUUGGUCCAAUCAAAGGUCCCUCGAGGCUCAGGCGCAAUCGUAUAUGGCGAUCAAUCGGGUGCCCCUCCGCCUACAGCACCUGUGCAAGCCCGUUUCUGCAAUGCCAAGAAGCAGCUUCUGGUUGUCCCGCUGCCGCAUCUCGCAACUAGCUGCAUGCUGCAUCACGCUGCGGGCCAUCAAGCCUAGGCGUCACUCAAAGACUGCAUGCGACUUGGGCCCCCGAGCGGAAGUCUGGCCCCGAUCAGCAGCAGCACAAGGAGCGCACCGCUGGCGUGCACUUCCAGCACCGCGGGAGCGAGAAGCGCGAUCUCGAUUUGUUUCAGUCUCCGCAGCGGAAGGUAAUUUGCUCGUCCAGGGAUCGCAGCGUCAGGUACCACCAGUCACGAGUAAGGAUUGAGCCGGGACCAUUGUGCGAUUCACGGCUGGCGCAGUAGCCUGCAUUGCACCACAGCAGCAGCAGCUCGCAUAAAACAUCGGCUCCGCACUGGUGGAGGUGUGCGGCCUGGGUCAAGUGUAGCCAGGUGCUUCUACC